UCUUCCUUCACUUUCACCAUCAUUUCUAACUGCAUAUUUUCUUGUCGUCGUCGCCAUCGAGCUGCCGGAGAGUUACUUGAUGGAAUGCCAUCUUGCAUAUGCGACCAACUCCAGCUAUUGCGCCUCUCGUCUAAGGCUGUUUCUAUGUAUGAGUUGAAUCUUGAGGUGUUGAAAAAUUCGUCGCUUCAACUUGUGAACAUAAAACAUCUAGAGUUAGUGCUCGAUAUGACGAAUGAUUCUAACUGGUAUUAUUUUCCACGCUAUGCUUGCCGUUUGGUUGAAGCAUGUCGUUCUUUGCAAAAACUAGUAAUAAAGUUUCUACACACGCGGACGUUAAUCCUGACGGAAUUCAAGGCAGAAACAUAUGGUCAUCCUGGUUGUGACUUGUCUCAAAAGUAUUUGGAAAUCUCAGGAUAUUCGGGUUCUUCAUCGGAACGAGAAUUGGCUUUGUACGUCAUCAAUAAUGCCACAGCUCUUCAAAAAUUGACCGUUGUGGCAUGUGAUGAAGAGGCAUUAUCUCGUGCACGCCUUGAUUUUCAACAUAUUAAUUCAGUUAGUUUCUUUAGUUAUUAA